AUGAAAAGUUUUAAUUAGAAGCUUAUGGAAGUUUAAGUCAAAGAUUUUAAGCAAAUCUUUACCAGAAGUAUAUAUGUAAUUAAAUCAUUAUAAUAAUAUGUUAUAUACCUAAACAAUUAUUAACUGGGCUAUCUCAAUGCUACAAUCCUUAAUCUGUAUAUAUAAUGGAGAAUUUUUUUAAAGAAAAAAGGUAUGAAAAAAAUUCUUAAUUAAAACAUUCGGAUGAAUGACAUAUAUUGGAUCUUUUUGAACAUUCAUUAAGAGAUAAUUGUAAUUUUGUAAUUACUCUAUUAUAAUUUUGAGCUAGCAUAGCUACAGUGACUAGAGAAGUUAUUUUUUGGAUGGUUAUUGA